CUGGUCACACUCCCGCCAGCCAAUUUUUCGAAAAUUAGAAUCUUUCUUGCUGCCCAUUAAACAAGUCGUAAACACCUGUCCAUCGCCUUGCCAGAAUGUCUGACGUGUUCAUCGUGUCCGCCGCCCGCACGCCCAUAGGUAGCUUCAAUGGAACGCUUUCUAAGCUGAAGGCCUCCGACCUGGGCAGCGUGGUGAUCCAGGAGGUGCUCCGGCGGGCGAACGUGGAGGGCCAGCAGGUCAGCGAGGUGAUCUUGGGCCAGGCACUAACCGCCGGUCAGGGCCAGAAUCCCGCACGCCAGGCUGCGCUCAAGGCGGGUCUGCCCAUCCAGGUGCCCGCCUACGGCAUCAAUAUGCUCUGCGGCUCCGGCUUGAAAACCGUGGCCCUGGGCUACCAAGCCAUUCGCUCGGGAGACGCCCAGAUAGUGGUGGCCGGCGGCCAGGAGAGCAUGUCCCUCGCUCCGCACGUCAUGAACCUGCGGCAGGGCGUCAAAAUGGGCCCCGGCACCCUGGUGGACUCGAUGAUCCAGGACGGCCUCACCGACGCCAUGGAGAACAUACACAUGGGCAUCACCGCCGAGAAUCUGGCGGAGAAAUACCAAAUCAGUCGCGAGGCCCAGGAUGCCUUUGCGGUGCAGUCACAAAACCGCGCGGAGGAGGCGCAGAAAAGCGGCUACUUCGACAAGGAGAUUGUGCCCGUGGAGAUCAAGGACCGCAAGGGCACGCAGAUCUUCAGCAAGGAUGAGUACAUCAAGCCGGGCAGCACCGUCGAGGGCAUUCAGAAGCUGCGGGCAGCCUUUAAAGAGGGCGGUACCAUAACCGCUGGCAAUGCCUCUGGCGUCAACGAUUCCGCUGCUGCCGUGCUGCUGGUGUCUGGCGAGGAGGUGGCCAAGAAGGGCCUCAAGCCGCUGGCGAAGAUUGUGGGUUGGACGCAGAGUGGCAUUGAGCCCAAGGUGAUGGGUCUGGGACCGGUCACCGCAGUGGAAGCCCUGCUAGCGAAGAUCAACUGGAAGCGCGAGGAAGUGGACCUGUACGAGCUCAACGAAGCCUUCGCAGCCCAAUCCCUAGCUGUGCUGCAGGAGCUGCAGCUGGACGCCAGCAAGGUGAAUGUGAAUGGCGGUGCCAUUGCCCUGGGCCACCCGAUUGGCGCUUCCGGUGCCCGUGUCCUGGUCACCCUGCUCUACGCCCUGGAGCGCACUGGCGGCAGGCGAGGCAUUGCGUCCCUCUGCAUCGGCGGCGGCAUGGGAAUCGCCCUGGCCGUGGAGCGCGUCAUCUAAUCCGCACACUCUCUGUCAUCCCAUCUAUUUAUUGUCUAUUCCCGUCUCCCACUUAAGUGUAAAGUUUCUGUUUUCCGGAUCGCGUAGUAUUCCAAGUAUGUACUUAGAGACACACCCCAUGUCACAAGCUCAGUCACAAAGUCUACCCAAUUAAAGCUAAUUUCUAGUUUAA